GUCCACAGAACCCUCAGGCCUCCAGAGGGAGCCAGCUGCAAACAGGGAAUGACUCCACUUCUUUUCUCUGUUUCAGAUGAUGAGCUGCUCUGCGUUUACGGUCACAGCUGCGUUUUCCCCUGCAGCUGCCGGGCCGCCGCCGACGUCGUCAUCCACUGGAUUAAAAUCACAUCUGGAGACCCAUUAGUUCAUUCGUUCUACAGUCAGCGGGACCAGCUGGGGAACCAGGCCCCGGCCUUCAGGGGCCGGACCUCCCUGUUCGGGGGGCAGAUCCCCGGGGGGAACGCCUCCCUGCUGCUGGGGGGGGUCCGGGUCCAGGACGGGGGCCGGUACAGAUGCCACUGCAGCACGGCCGGAGGAACCACCACCAGGACCCUCAGCGUCAGAGUGCACGUGAAAGCAGUCCGCGUCCACCGGGAGGGAAACAGCAUCACCUGCAGCUCCAGCUGGAUCUACCCUGAACCUGAGCUCCUCUGGGCCAGCAGCCCCCCCCUCCCCACCCCAUCCAGCAGCCCCCCCCUCCAGACCCCAUCCAGCAGCCCCCCCCUCCAGAUCCCAUCCAGCAGCAGCCACCUGAACCAAACCAGAGUCCAGCGGACGCAGCAGCAGCUGUACAACAUCAGCAGCUCUCUGCUGCUGCCGGAGGGAGAAGCUGACGGGAGCUACAGCUGCACCGUCAGCACCGCCUCCAGCAGCCGCACGGCCACUCUGAGGAGACUCAGUGGGUUUGAGUUUGAGAUGUUUGAGCCUGGUUUGGGUCAAACGGAUUCAUCCAGAACCUGGUUCCUGCCUCUGAGGAGACUCACUCAAAGUUUCUCCAUGAACUCCAUCACCACCCUCAGCUGCUCGGCCUCCAACUCGUCUGGCCGGAGCCUCGUGUGGAGGUUCAACCACAGCCAGAGCAUCCUGAGCAGAGCCGGUCCUGAUGCUGAGCCCGCGGUGUCAGAGGGGUGGAGGCCGCAUGUGGGGGGGCUGUCAGAGUCCGGCAGCCUCACCCUGAAAGACCUGUCCGAGCACCAGGAGGGAGAAUACACAUGUGAGCUCAGCGGGUCCCAGGAGACCACGCUGACCACCACCUACCUGAGAGUGGAGGGGCCAACA